AUGUCUGUCAAAAAGAUCAUCCUUAUCACUGGCGCCAACUCAGGCAUCGGCUACGACACCAGCUAUGCCCUAGCCAACGCCUCACCCAGCAACCACGUUAUCAUGGGCUGUCGCAACUCCACUCGAGGUGCUAAGGCGCUCGAGGACCUCCAGGCUCGCAACCCAGCCGGGACCCUGAGCUUAGUCCAGUUGGAUGUCAGCGAUGAUGCCUCCAUCCGCAGCGCAGUCGACCAGAUCAGCACGGACUUUGGCGUCCUGGACGUGCUGGUCAACAACGCCGGCAUUGUCAUCACGGAGCCGAGAGAACGUCGCGACGAGAUGCUCACGACCAUUAACACCAACACUGUCGGCCCAUAUGUCCUGACAGAGCAACUGCUUCCUCUCCUCCAAAAGUCUCAGGACCCCCGCAUCAUCAAUGUGACGUCCCGCCUGGGCUCGAUCAGUGAACGCGCGAACCCUAAUAGCCAGACCUACAGCACCACGCAGUUCGACGCCUACCGCGUUUCCAAGGCGGCACUUAACAUGGCCACGGUGUGUAUGUAUGCGUCGUAUAAGACGUGGGGCGCCAAGGUGUGGGCAUUCUGCCCCGGACACGUGGUGACAAACUUGACCGGAGAGGAGGGACGAAAGUGGAGAAUCGCGAAGGGACUGGAGAGUUCUGAAACCAGUGCACAAGGCAUACUGGAGAUUGUUCAAGGACAGAGGGACGACGAGGUGGGACUGUUUUUGCAGAGAAGAGGGCUACGGGCAGAUUGGUAG